AUGGCAUCAAUCAAACAAGCAACCGUUGCACAGCUCCGUGGUAUGGCUCCUGCGUCCGUCAUUCACGGCGGCGUCGACAGCGUCCAGCGUGCACUUGCGCAGCUCAACUCAAAGGACACGCCUAUCGAGAAGUACAUAUAUCUUUCGCAGCUCAGAGGCACUGCCAAGGAUACUUUCUACCGCUUGCUGAUUGAUAACAUAAUCGAUAUUUGUCCAUAUGUUUAUACCCCAACCGUAGGAGCAGCUUGUCAACUCUACUCAACUAUAUACCGCAAGCCAGACGCUCUCUACCUCAGCUACAACGAUCGCGGAAACCUCGCUGAGAUCAUGUCUAACUGGCCACAGCACGGCAUUCGAAUCGCUGUUGUGAGCGACGGCAGUCGCAUUCUCGGCCUUGGCGAUCUCGGCAUUGGUGGCUGCCAGAUCGCCGUCGGCAAGCUUACCCUUUAUGUCGGUGGUGCUGGUAUCAAACCAGACAGCACUCUCCCCAUCAUUCUUGACAUGGGUACUAACAAUGAAACUCUCCUCAACGACCCCCUCUAUCUCGGUCUCAGGAUGAAGAGAGUUUAUGACGACGCCUUUCUCGAUGAAUUUUACGCUGCCGUCAGAACUACCUUCCCAGAUUGCCUCAUUCAGUUUGAGGACUUUUCUUCAGAGUCUGCCUUCAAGUACUUGGACAGGUACAGGCACAAGGAGUCGCUCAUUCAAGCUCCUUCUGCGCCAUCUGGCCAGCUGCACACAGGAAAGUGCUUCAACGAUGACAUCCAGGGUACCGGUGCUGUGAUCCUUGCCGGCUUCAUCAACGCCGUCAAGCUCGCUUCCGCGGCGUCUGGCCGACCAAUCCUCGACCAACGCAUUGUUUUCCUCGGUGCAGGCAGUGCUGGUGUGGGUGUCGCGAUGCAGCUUGUUGAGUUUUUCACCAGGAAUGGAUUUACAGAGGAAGAAGCCAAGCAGAAGUUCUACUUAGUUGACAGCAAGGGGUUAGUGACUGACGACCGCGGCGACAACCUCCCAGCACACAAGCGUGCACUCUCCCGCAAAGCUGGUGGACCGCAAUUCAAGACGCUAGAAGAGGUAGUCGAGCAUGUUCGUCCGAGUGCCCUCAUCGGUUUGUCGACAGUCGGCGGAGCAUUUAGUGAGAAGAUAGUGCGUAUGAUGGGUUCGUUCAAGGCUCGUCCAAUCAUUUUCCCUCUCUCGAACCCAUCCCAUCUGUCCGAGUGCACGUUUGAAGAUGCGAUCAAGUGGACGAACGGUAGAGUGAUUUUUGCCAGUGGCUCCCCAUUCAAGGCCGUCGAACACGGUGGUAGUACGUAUGAGAGCAACCAGGGUAAUAACUUCCUCAGCUUCCCUGGUAUCGGAUUGGGUUGUAUCGUCGCUAAAGCUAACGAGGUGAACGAUGAUAUGGUCUACGAAUCGGCUCUCGCUCUCGCUGAUUCUCUCGAUGAUAGUGAGAUAAACACCCUCCUCUAUCCACGUCUUCAUCGUAUUAGAGAUAUCUCAGCUACUAUAGCGGCAAGAGUCGCCAAGGCGGCCGUUAGGACUGGCGCAGCGGAGAAUAGCAAGCUAGGCGGGAUGGCUGAUACAGACCUUCUCGCUUAUAUCAAAUCUAAGCAGUAUGAUCCAACACCAUGUUAG